ACCGAAUGUGCAAAAUCGUUUGAGGUUAGUGCACAUAUGUGUAACUUUUAAUUAAAUUUAUAUAUACAACCCUAAAAUCAUUUGAGGUAUGUGUACAUACACACAUAUUUAUCGCGCGAAUUAAGCGUGCAAAGUAAUGAGACGACAUAAGGGGUUGACACUUGAAAAUAAUAGCUACUCAUGAGUUAAAUUGUUAAAAAUAGAUCUAUUUACCUGAUGAGAAAGCUGAUUAGCAACCUGCCGCAAUGACAGAAACUAAUCGAAGUAUAUGUUUGACAUUGCCCAAAAGCAUUACGAAACAAGUUAGUACUUGUGCAAAUAGUGAACAUUACGUCACAAAUUUUCUACAGAAUGCACUACCUUCUAAUGAUACCGAUUCCAUAGCGGAUGAAUUAAGAAAGUCGUUGAUAUUUGCUAAACAUAAAAGCAAAUGGAACAAGAAAAGAAGAUGCAGAGGCAAGUUGUUGACUAGUAGAAAGCGAAUGCAACUUGGGUUACGUAAAAUUGCUGUUGCUGCUGCUGCUGCUGGCAAUAGUGGUAUGAAAUAUGUGGAUUUGCUACCAUUGAAUCAGCUAUGGUUGAACUAUAUGCGACAGGUACUUGGUACCAAGGAUUUUAAUCAGAACGUUCCGAGAGAUUCGACCGAUCCACAUUGGGAAAAUUUUAAUCAGCAACUGAUGAAAGCAGACUUUCAUGGUGCCAAAAUACUGGUCGUUGGAUCGAAGUGUCCAAGUUUAAUUGGAUUGAGCGGUAUCGUCGUCCAAGAUACAAAAAGCACGUUCAAAAUUUGUAGAAAAGACAAUACUAUAAAAACAAUACCGAAGGAUGUUGUUAUCUUGAAUAUUUACCUGGACGAGUUGAAACUUCAAUUCUUCGGAAAGGAUAUUUCUAUAAGGCCUACCGAACGCACUGUUAAAAAGUUUAAAUGUAGACGAAUAUGUGAACUGUAAUUUAUGACGAUAAAAAGUCUGUUUGUAUCUUGUCAUAAACAA